UUCGGGAGAACAGUGUUGUCAUCCCAGCAUCAUACCACUCAACUCAAAUCUCCUUUCGUGAUUCAGAUGUUAAGGGCUACUCCAUUGCUCCUCACCUCAAAAUGUCACCCAAUAAUUUCCCUCUAUCCUACCACAAUUUCACGGAACACAAUCAAGAACCCAUUUUCAAUUUCCAUUUCUCGCUCAUUGCCUAACAACAACUUCAAAAUCACUUGUACAAAACCAGAGCAGCCUCCUGAUUUGGAUCCCCACGCCAACAAAACCCCAGAUGAUGAAAAAGGUGGCAAAGAGGUGGAUUUUGGGUGGUUGCCUGCAUUUCCCCAUGUUUUAACUGCUUCCAUGUCCAAUUUUCUCUUCGGCUAUCAUAUUGGUGUAAUGAAUGGCCCUAUUGUGUCUAUAGCCAAAGAGCUCGGGUUUGAAGGGAAUUCCUUUCUUGAGGGACUUGUGGUUAGUAUAUUCAUCGGUGGUGCAUUUAUUGGAAGCAUAAGUUGCGGCUACCUACUCGAUAAACUUGGCUGUCGCCGCACCUUCCAACUUGUUACUAUUCCUCUCGUUUUAGGUGCAAUUGUAAGUGCUCAAGCACAUUCCCUGGACGAAAUACUCUUUGGAAGAUUUCUAGUGGGCCUUGGUAUUGGGGUGAACACAGUACUUGUUCCUAUUUAUAUUUCAGAGGUUGCCCCAACAAACUUCAGGGGUUUCUUGGGGACCUUUUCUCAGAUUGGGACAUGCCUUGGAAUCAUAGUUUCACUAUUUCUAGCUAUUCCUUCAGAAUCUGAUCCCCAUUGGUGGAGAACAAUAUUAUACAUGGCUAGUGCACCUGGGAUUGCUCUGGCACUUGGCAUGCAGUUUGCUGUUGACAGCCCUCGCUGGCUAUGGAAAGCAGGGAGAGUUGAUGAUGCUAGAGGAGUUAUACGUAACCUCUGGGGGCCAUCUAAAGUAGAUCAAGCUAUUGAAGAAAUUCAGUCCGUAAUCAGAAACGAUGGUGCUGAUUUAGAUAGCAGUUGGUUGGAUCUAUUUGAGGAGCCCCACUUUAGAGUUGCUUCCAUUGGGGGUGCCCUUUUUAUAUUGCAGCAGCUUGCUGGCAUAAAUGGGGUUCUAUAUUUUUCAUCAUUGACUUUUCAAGACGUUGGAAUCACGAGCAGCGCUUUAGCAAGUUUGUUUAUUGGACUUACGAACUUUGCAGGUGCACUAUGUGCGUUGUCCUUGAUGGACAAGCAAGGGAGACAAGUGCUUCUGAUUGGAAGUUACCUUGGAAUGGCUAUGUCUAUGUUUGUGACAGUUGGGGCCAUCAGCUUUCCUGUUGACUCUGAGAUCAGCAGCAAUUUAUCAAUAUUGGGCACUAUCAUGUAUAUAUUUUCGUUUGCUGUUGGAGCCGGUCCAGUUACUGGACUUAUUAUUCCAGAGCUUAGCAGCAGCAGGACACGAGGGAAAAUCAUGGGCUUCAGCUUCUCUGUUCACUGGGUGUUCAACUUCUUGGUGGGACUGUUUUUCCUUGAAUUGGUGGAGAAGUUUGGUUUGGGUCCAGUUUACGCAGGCUUCGGUGGGGUGUCGUUGGUAGCAGCUGCAUUUGCUUACUAUUUUACAGUUGAAACUAAAGGGCGAUCUCUUGAAGAAAUUGAGAUGUCACUGAGGAAUAAAUGAGAGCUGAGAUGAUCAAUCCUCGAAUCUUUGCAACUCAUGUUUCAAUGUAUCAUACUUUUUUGCUUCUUCCAUCAAUUUGUAUCAAGUGUGUGGACAGGCAGGUAAGUAAAACUGUGUGUAUGAAAAGAUUAAAUAGUAGUAGUAUCUUUUACUUUCUAGAA